AUGUCUGCUGAGAAUAAUCCUCUGCCCAACAAUGAGCAACACUAUAAGGGAACUCCACACAAUAGCAAUGCGAAUAAUAACAUGUGGGGUUUGUUGGAUAAUCCACCACAUGUCAAUCUCUCGACACAACUCCUUCAUGGCAGUGUGAAUUUUAAUAAUAGCACUAAUAAUGUGACCACCAAUACAAUACAACAACAGGACAAUUCUUCAUCAAUUAUUAGUUCACCCACUUCAGCAUCAGCAGCCAACAAUUCAGUCUCAAUUAUGAGAUUUGUCAAGGAUAACAUGUGGCAAUUCUUCUCCGUGAUUCAACACAGGUAUGCUGUUAAGGGAAGGAAAAUUUAUAUACUUUUCACAUUAUUACACAUUUACUAUUCGUAUGUGGUGAUGAUUUUACCAACAUUGAGUUCACAAAUUAAUUCUCCUGCCUUCUCUGCAACAACUACCACGACAACUAAUUCUAAUAGUGGAACAAUCAACAGAGACACAACACUUCACAAUUAUCCUUAUGGUUUCUAUGGGACUUGGCUGUUUAAAGCAAUGAAUUAUCCUAUAACAUUAUCAUUGGAUUGGAUUCCCUAUGAGGCUGCUAUUGCCGUUACAAUUUUUGGUUUAUCAGUUGCCUUAGUUCAUAUAACGAUUCUAUUUCUCACAUUCAAGACUAAUUUCGGUCGAUUACAAGAGAAACUCAAGAAUAUUUCCUUCAUGUUGGCCAUCUUUAUUCUUUUCAUUGGACCACCAACAGCAUUUGUAAUGACUUCCUUUAUUGACUGCAAUUAUCAGCAAUUAAUUUUUUCAGUCAUUGACAAGAUGUACUCUGCCUCUCUGUGGAGAUAUCCCAAUGUAAUUUGUUCGAGUAGUAUGAACGUGAGCAUGAUUGUUGUGUCCAUCAUUUCAAUAGUCUUGUUUAGUUUUGGUUGGCUCUUUUCCUUAUUCAUUUUACCAAUGGCCAAUCCAAAGAGUCAAAUUCCCUUCCUCAUUUCCUACAAACUACCAAUGUGUGUCAUUUACACAUCAACUGGAUUCAGAAUUCUGGUUCAUUUCGCCAUUCCAUCUCAAUACUCGUAUGCCAGAGCCGCAUUCCACAUUGUGGCCUCGAUUGGAUUUAUUCUCUUCUUUACAGAUACAGUUCCACUGUAUCGACGUGUGGAGAAUAGUAUAUUCUUUUCAGUCUUGUGCACUUAUUGUGCAUUUGCUGUUGGUUUGUUAGUUUCAUCAAUUGUGAACUCGUCAACAGCUAUCAUGAAUUAUGAUCUUCUAGGAAUUGGAUUAGGAGCUGGUUUGACAGUUGGUUUACCAAUUGUUGUUUGGAUACUUUCAUUCACAGGUUUUGAAAUUUACACACGAGUAGUAUUUAAAAACAUCCAAAAGAUUGUGAGAAGAAAAUUGGAACAUGAUUCUCAACAUGAUAAUUUUGAAACAGCUCAAUCAUCAAUUUACAUGAUGUGCGAAGAGUAUUCCAUGAGAAAUUUGAAAUUCUAUCUUCAAUUCGUGAGUCAAAUGCCAAAAUCACAAGAAAUGGUUCAAGCUUUGAGUUUUGUGAAAUCUGAAUCUCCACAAAAGUUUUUCACAUCACCUUCCAUUUUAAUGAUGGCAAGUGAUCUUGUCGCUAGAUGUUGGGGAGAUGAAAAUAGAUUGAACUUUGCAUUGUUCCUCCUUAAGAAGGCAUUGAAACAUAAUGAAGGUCCUUGGCUUGCCAUGCAAAUUAAAUUCAAAUUGAGAGAUGUUGAGAGUGAAUUGUUUGAAAAUGCAAAUUAUGGAAAAUUUGGAUAUGCUGUGAAAAAUGUUUUGAUGGAAAUUGAAAAGAAACAAGAUCAAAUCAAAUCAAUUCACAAACUAUUUUGGAAGGAAUUAUUGAGUGAUAUUCCAAAUAAUGAAAAACUUGAAAGAAUCAAUGCAACAGCCACACAUUUGACCCAUUACUGUGAAGAACAAUUUGAACACUUGUUGGCAAACUUUGCACACGACAAGACUGUAUUGAGAUAUUAUGCCAACUUUUUAGAAACUAUCAAACAAGAUAAGGAAUCAGCAGUAACUUAUUAUGAAGAAGCGGCCUCCUUGGAAGAAGAAGAUUCCAAGAAUAAGUUUACCAUGAAACGUUUCAGAAAUAAGGUCAUUCCAGAGUUGGCCGAGUCACAAUCUUGGAAUUUUAUGAGAAGUUCCAGUAGAAAGGAGUUCAACAAUGAAGAUGUUGAGAAGGAUUCGUUUGAUGGAGUUGAGAAACAACUCGAAAAGAAACAAAAUAUUUAUAGAAAUUCAUUGAAUACUCCAUUCAAAUCUCGUUCUAGAUUGAUUAGCUUUUGUGCGUUGAAUAUGAUUGGAUUGGGUUUGUUGUUUGUGGCGUUUGUCCUGUCAUUGGUUUAUGGAGAUUAUUUAUCAAAGACUGAUUUGGUAAAAGUGUCAAGUUUACCAAUUUUAACACCUGGAGCAUUGUUGAGAGAUAUUAGAAUGAGACAAAUUGUUUAUGAAUUAUUCAAUGUUGAAAAUAAGACCUAUCCCUCAAAUGGUACUUCCGAAUUUAGUUCACUUUCUUUCUUUUUAUCAAACUAUAAGGAUAGAAUUAGACGUCAGAGAGAAAUCUUAUUGGACUUGAGUAGUAAAUCAAGAUCUGGGGAAUUUACAAGCAAAAUGUAUGCUGACUUUAUUAGGGAAGAUAAUGUAAUUUCGAUUCCUGUUGCAAGUGAAAGUGGAAAAGUAGAGUUCAAGUCAACCUUUCCAAAGAAUACUUCAAUUAGUGAUGUAGUUCAUGAACUUAUUCAACAUUCCACUUAUUUUAAUUUGGCCUCUGAUUCUGAAUUUAACAAGACAACAACUUCUUAUCCAUUCAUGUAUAUUUACCAUAAUAGGAGAACUGCACCUGAUGUGACCUUUGCAUUUUUCAAGAAUUUUCAAGAGAGCCAAAAGUUCGUCGUUGAUUAUGUGAAUGAAUUGUUGUGGAAUUACAUUUUAAUUUCAGCACUGGUCUAUAUUGGAAUCUUUUCCGGAUUUAUCAUCAUGUCCAGAGUUGAAAUGCAAAGAAUUUCAUUCAUCCUAGCUCUAUACAGAAAGCUGCCAAAAGACAUGAUUGGUGUCAUUUAUCAUGAAAUUGAUAAGAAGGGAGAAGAUGUCAAGUAUGAGAAGAGUAAUAUCUUUUUAAGACCAAAGGAAUUUUCACUUGUUGUUGCAUUUUGCAUUAUUUUCAUUAUUGCCGCCUAUUCUGGAAUUAUUUACUUUGAAAUUUCAGAGAAUGUUAGCACUUCUACUGAUAAUUUGACUACUGUUAAUCAAUUAUCAAUUUUGAUUAGAGCUGCCCACAGGUUGACCAUUCGAUUGGGUGAAUUAUUUGCCUACUUUGGAUGUCCUACUGGAAGUCCAGUCAAUAUUGUAGUUUCACCUAGCUAUGUGGCUCAAUAUAGACAAGAUGCAAGAGGUUUCGUCAGUUUAAUUACAUCCAGUUACAAUGAAGUUGUUUAUGGAAAUAAUAACAGUCAACCAUUAAUUGGAAGAUUCUCCAAGAUUGAUAACAUCAUUAAUGGACCAUCCAAUUGUACAGCUGAUUCACCAGUUGAAGAAUGUUCCAGUUUACAAACCUUCAUUUCAGCGUUUACAAUUUCAAGUUCUCAAAUGACUGAAGAAUUUUUCAAUCCAACUUAUCAAAAAUCUGAUUCACUUUUUUAUCAAGUUUUGAAAAUUUACAAUAUGAAUGAUGUUCUUUAUGAAAGAUUAAUGGAUUUGAUGAAUUUAUUGUUCAUUUCCACUUCAGAAUCAUUCAAAGUUUUGACUAUUACCUUUUUUAUCUUUGGAGUUAUACUUUAUUUAUUGUUUAGUUCAUUGUUAUUGUAUAGUUUCUUGAUUUAUGAUAGACAGAUCACUAAUUUGAGAUCUUUCUUGAAUUAUUUACCUGUUGAUUAUAUAGAUUCAAGUGAAGCUAUGAGAAAUUUCAUUUAUUUCAACUCACUCACAAUAUUCAAAAAGAAAAUUAAGGAAGCAAAUGAUGAUUCAUUGAGAAAUGUGUUGAGUUCAAUGGUAGAUGGUGCUCUUCUUGUUAAUGAAAAAUCAGAAAUUAUGUUAUUCAACUUGACAGCUCAGAAAAUGUUUGGAAAAGCUCCAGAAGAAGUUAUUGGUUUGAAAUUUUACAACUUGUUCGAACCAAGUCAAAGUGAAAAAUUGACAUCUGUGGUCAAACAAGUGAAAUCAUCGUUGACAGAUCCAAACUCAAAACAUGGUGAAACUUUGGAAUUGGAUUGUAUCAGAAAGAAUCAAUCUAAAUUUCCAGCCAUUGUAAACAUUUUUGCAACACGUGAAAGAGGAGUUGUCAUUUAUGCCUUCUUUAUUAAGGACAUUACAUCAGAAAAGAAACAAAAUGCAUUAUUGAACGAGGAAAAGAAGAAUUCUGAAAAUUUAUUGAGAAACAUCUUGCCAGAUUCUGUUGCCUUCAAAUUGAAAGCAGGUGAAACAUUAAUUGCUGACAAGUUUUCUGAUAUCACCUGUUUCUUUUCAGAUAUGGUCGGUUUUACCAAGUUUAGUUCUGGAAUGAAUCCAAAUGAAUUGGUAAUCAUGUUGAAUACAGUGGUUAACGGCUUUGAUGAUUUAACAGACAAGUAUCAAUUGGAGAAAAUUAAAACAAUUGGAGAUGCAUACUUUUGUGUAGGUGGAUUGCACGGAUUAAAUGCUCAAUCAGAUCACCCUGAAAGAUGUGUUAAAUUCGCAAUUGACACUCUCCAAGUAAUCAAAGAUUACAACAUUCAAAAUCCACAUGCACAAAUCAAUAUUCGUGUUGGAUUGAAUACUGGAAGUGUUGUUGCAGGUGUGAUUGGAAGAAAGAAAUUUGCCUAUGAUUUAUGGGGUGAUACCAUUAAUAUUGCCUCAAGAAUGGAAUCAAAUUCAUUGUCAGGAAGAAUUCAAUUAUCGAGAUCAAGUUAUGAAAGGGUUUAUGAUAUUUUCGAAUUUGAGGAACGUAAAAUUGAAGUGAAAGGAAAAGGAAUGACUCUUGCUUAUUUAUUGAAAGAAAAACAUCAUUGCAAUCCAAUCAUUACCAUUCAAUCACAUGAUGAUGAAGAUGAUGUGAAUACUGAUAAUGAUGAAAUUGAGGUAGAGAAGAAACCAUCCAUGCAAAACCUGACUGCUCACUCUCCAAAUAGUGGCAUUCCAAAUAUCACUAGAGAACACAGUUUGAAUCAACAUGGCAACAAUAGUACACCAAAUGUUAUGAGUGACACUAUGGUAUUCUAA